UGGAAUCGUUCAGCGAUGGCAAUCAUCCCAUCUAAGGCUACUCCAGAGAUGCUUAAUCGAAAAAUUAACGAUGAUGAACGCAUCAUGUCUCGUUCAUCUGUAGAAUUUACGAAGAAAGUACGGCGAGAAGCAAUGGACCAAGACAAUCGUGCUCGUGGGAAACUUUUGAAACCAGAUUCUGUUUCCGACGAGUCUUCCAAGGAUAUAAAACGCAGAAGGACUUCAUCACCAGUUGUCCCCUCUGUUGAGGGAAGCCCAGGGGUUUUGACGAGAAGGAACAGAAAUUGA